AUGGCGCUCCUGCAGUACAAAGCGCCGGUCGACUAUGCCGCACAACUGGAUGCCUUCACCGCCUUUAUUGACAAAUUUGAGACAACGAAGACUGCAUCAGAGGAAGCCGCCGAAGCGAUCAAUGGCCUCAGUCUCGAGGGUGACGACGAGUAUGACUUCAUGGACGAUGUCGCAAACGGCGCUGCGCCAGACAACAGACAGCAAGGUACGAAGCGGAAGUACAUGGAAAUGCUACAAGAAAUCGCAGAAAGGGAGCGCCAGAACCUCACUAUCGAGCUGGACGACUUGAAGGAAUUUGAGAUAUCGCUAGGCACAGACUCGAACCUCAAGCUAGUCGACUCGGUACUGGGCAAUACCAAGCACUACGUCGACUUAUUCUCAGAAGCAGUCGACAGGCUCAUGCCUAAACCCACCAAAGAUGUUUCGUUCAAAGACGACGUCCUCGAUGUCAUCCUAUCUCAACGCCAGAAGCGCAACGAGACCACUUCGCAAGCCGCCCAGAACGACGCCGAGGCCAUUCUGCCCGUCUCAACAUUUCCUCCCGAGCUCACUCGGCGAUAUACCCUCAACUUCAAGCCCCUCACACCCUCGGCCAAAGACAAGCACAAGACUCUUGCCGUCCGACAAGUCCGGGGUGAGCAUCUUGGACACCUCAUCACCGUCCGAGGAAUCACUACGCGCGUAUCAGAUGUGAAGCCCGCCCUGCGGAUUCAAGCAUACACCUGCGAUUCAUGCGGCAGCGAAGUCUUCCAGCCUAUCAACACUAAACAAUUCACACCCAUGCAGAUCUGCCCCUCGCCCGACUGCACGGCCAACAACACAAAGGGCGUCCUCAACCCCUCGACCCGAGCCUCUAAAUUUCUGCCUUUUCAGGAGAUCAAGAUCCAAGAGAUGGCCGACCAGGGGAGUGCCCUGACCCGUCAAGUCAAUCCUGGCGAUGUGGUAGAUAUCGCCGGCAUAUUCCUCCCCACACCAUACACAGGCUUCCGUGCCAUUCGCGCCGGUCUGCUAACCGACACCUACCUCGAAGCCCAACACAUCACUCAGCACAAGAAAGCCUACCAAGAUCUGAAGCUCGACCGCCGCGUCAUAUCUCGCAUCGAGUCGCACAAAGCCUCCGGCCACCUCUACGAGUACCUCGCACGCAGCAUAGCGCCCGAGAUCUACGGCCACCUCGACGUCAAGAAAGCACUCCUCCUACUCCUGAUCGGCGGCGUCACCAAGACCAUGGGCGACGGCAUGCGCAUCCGCGGCGACAUCAACAUCUGCCUCAUGGGCGACCCGGGUGUCGCCAAAUCUCAACUGCUCAAAUACAUCACCAAAGUCGCCCCUCGCGGCGUCUACACCACCGGCCGGGGCUCUUCCGGCGUCGGUCUCACCGCAGCCGUCAUGCGCGACCCCGUCACCGACGAAAUGGUCCUCGAGGGCGGCGCGCUCGUCCUCGCCGACAACGGCAUCUGCUGCAUCGACGAGUUCGACAAAAUGGACGACGGCGACCGCACCGCCAUCCACGAGGUCAUGGAGCAGCAGACCAUCUCCAUCAGCAAAGCAGGCAUCACCACCACUCUCAACGCACGAACUUCCAUCCUCGCAGCCGCCAACCCCCUGUACGGCCGCUACAACCCACGCAUCUCCCCCGUGGAGAACAUCAAUCUCCCCGCCGCCCUCCUCUCCCGCUUCGACAUCCUCUUCCUCAUCCUCGACACGCCCUCCCGCGAAGCCGACGAGGAACUCGCCGCGCAUGUCUGCCACGUGCACAUGACCAACUCCGCUGACCCGACCGCUGCCCCGACCAUCAACACACCUAACCCCUCAUCACAAGAAUCCCCAACACCAACCUUCUCCCCCCACGAAGUCCGCCAAUACAUUGCCCUAGCCCGCACCUACCGCCCCACCAUCCCCGCCUCCGUCUCCCAGUACCUCACCGGCGCCUACGUCCGCCUCCGCCAGCAACAGAAGCACGCAGAGAGCUCUGCGAACCCAAAGAAACAAUUCACCCACGUCAGCUUACGCACCCUCCUGGGCCUAAUGCGUCUCUCGCAAGCCCUCGCGCGCCUACGCUUCGCCAGUGAAGUCGUGAACGAGGACGUCGAUGAGGCAUUGCGGCUGGUGGAUGUGAGUAAGGCGAGUUUAUACGCGGACCAGAGGAAUAAGAAUGGGGAUAUGAGCGUGAGCAGCAGGAUUUAUGAGGCGGUGCGGGCGAUGUGGAGCUCGGGUGCGGCGGCCGUGGGUGGGCGGGGAAGCGGGAAGGGAGAGAUGGAUAUGCGGAGGGUGAGGGAGUUGGUGUUGGGGAAGGGGUUUAGGGAGGAGGAGUUUGAGAGGGUCGUGGAGGAGUAUGAGCUUUUGGAUGUCUGGCAACGCGCGAACAAUGGCACGAGAUUGGUGUGGGUCGAGGCUGGUGACAGCGAUGAGGAUGACGAUGAGUGA